UAUUGACGAGUUUAUUACAAUAGUAAAAAACAAAUGAAAAUACAAUAAAAAGUCAAUGGUCUUCUUAAUUGCAUGUAAUAUACUAUACUUGCAUCACGCCAUGAAGCAGCAAGAAACAGAGCAAAUGAAGUCUAAAUCAAACAUGGAUGGCCACCAACAUGUUUUCAUGAUGCGCCAUGGCGAUCGCAUUGAUAAGUUUGAGCCACAAUGGGUCUCGACUGCUGCUCGGCCUUGGGAUCCACCGCUUAUUCAAGGCGGCAUGUUUCGAGCGUUUCGAACCGGUCAGAUGAUCCGAUCUCAGAUCCAUUUUCCCAUUCACCGUGUCUUUGUCUCCCCUUUCCUCCGCUGCAUCCAAACCGCUUCCGAAGUUAUCGCCGCCCUUUCUGACCCCGACGCAAAUUCGUCUGAUUCCUUCGACAAACCUAAGCUCAAGGUUUCUAUUGAAUUUGGCUUGAGCGAGAUGCUGAACUCAAUCGCUUUUAAGCCUGAAGUUGCUCCAAAAGAUGGCAAAUUUGAUUUCAAGAUUUCAGAACUUGAAGCUAUGUUUCCUGAUGGAAUGGUGGAUCAUAAUGUAGACCCGGUUUACAAAGAGAUGCCACAAUGGGAAGAGACUUUGGAAAGUUGCAACAAUCGAUAUGUUAAUUUGGUCAAGACUCUUGCUGAUAAGUAUCCUUGUGAGAAUCUGUUGUUAGUCACUCACAGAGAAGGAGUAAGCUUUACAUAUGCCACAUUCUAUAAAGAGGCAACGCACAGGUUAGAUUUUUGUGCUUGUGUUGAACUACAAAGACAGAUCUCCUCUAGUGAAGUUGGAGAUUUUGAAGUCGUUACAAGUCAUGGUCAAGAUGGUAUCAUGUACCCUCCCUCUAACUCCGGUUAAUUUUGUCAUUGUCUUCGUAUGAUCCCUACGAACCGGAUAAAACCGGCGUUAGCCGUCGCUUGACUGAUUCAGUCUAUAUUGAAAUCUCUGAUUUUUUUUAUUUUGGUUCAGAAUUUGCCUUCACUUAGUAAUUUUAAAUUCAAAUAAAAGAUAUUAUCAUCACCAUUAUUUAUCUAUUCUCAAUUGUUUCAAAUUUUUGAUUGCGGUUUGGUUUUGUUGUCGAUUAACCUCUGAUUUUCUAAAUUUAUUUACAUCAACAUACUUUUAAAUACAUAAACUGGUUAGCU